UUUGUGGGCAGGACUUUUGCUUGCACCUCCUAUACCUCAAAAGCAGUCAAUAAUUUUAAGAGCAGUGUCAGUUGGUCACUCAAAAGAUACAGAAUAGUUUUUCUACAUCAGACAACCAAAAUUUCAAGUUGCAUCAUGGAUCUGCAGCCAAAAAUACUGUUUGGCUGGAUUUGUCUUCAAGUGAACUUUGCCUCUGUUUUUUCGGAUGUGUGGAAAGCACAAGUUGUCCCUGAAAUGAAUGCAGUAGUCUCAUCUUGUGUUGUGUUGCCCUGCACAUUUAAUUACCCUGCUGCUCAGUUUCCUGCAUCUCGGAUCAAAGCAAUCUGGCACAAAAAGGGAGACAGAAGUUAUUGUAUCUUUGAUGAUAAUACGCAUAAUAUUAAUGACAACUUCAAGGGUCGCACAAAGCUCGUUGGCAAUUUGGGUGAGAAAAACUGCACGUUGGAAAUAGAUAAAGUGAAAGACACCGACAACGGUCCAUUCUGUUUCAGAGUUGAAAUCAAAGAUUUGGAUAAAUUCUCUUUUGAGGAGGCGUGUGUGCACACCAUUAUGAAAGCUAAACCUGAAGAAAUAUCCAUAGAUUCUGAGGAAUCUGUCACAGAGGGAUCCAAUGCCAUCUUUAAGUGUUCUAUGAGACACACCUGUCCCACACACCCCCCAGAAAUUAAAUGGAGUCGCUCAGAUCGUGUUAAAGUCCGUGUGUCCCAUAAGAACAAUGGCCAUGGAGUUUGGGAGGUGGAAUCCAUCAUGUCCUUCACUGCCACAGAGGCGGACGAUCACACGGACAUCACUUGCACUGUCACUUCCCACGGCUACAUAGAAUCUAAAAUUACUCGCAAAAUGUUCAUAAAACGUGAACAAAGUUACCUGCACAUCAUUAUUCCUGUGGUUGCUGUGUUUGGAACCAUCAUUCUAUUUGGAACAGCAUGUUUCUUUGUCACCAAGAGAUACAGGAAACAGAUUCAAGACCUCCAAUCUAGAAAUCCAAAUGGGGUAUGGAGUCGUCUCUCCAGAAUGUCUCACAGGGUCAGGUCAGUGGGAAGAAUGAGAGACAGAGCCUGAUACCCUAAGUAGUCUAAGCAGUAAAAGCAGUUAAUCUAUAAACGUAGAUUCAUCUGUUGACUGUUGUUAUAUAUGCACUUCCAGCAAAAAAAAAUAUACACACAUUAUUAUUAGUAGGGCUUUCUUGUGCCAUGGCAGUCUUCACUGACAGAUCAUCUCUUAUUCUUCUUAAUCUUAUCAUGAAAUUGGUUCAAUCAUUUACUCUGAAGAAAGUGUAAUGUUUUUAUUUCCUAAUUUCCUUAUUAGGGAACAAGUACUUGUCUUAUAUCUCAUCGUGUGUAAAAUUUAGGGACUUGUUUUAACAAAACGAUAAGGACAUCCCACAUGUUGGCACCUUUGGAUAAAGUUUUUAAAACUAACAAACAUUCACUCUUUUACUAACGUAUUGGUCAUAUAGUUUAGUGCAUAACAAUAUGAAUGUUUGUGCUACAAUCAUAUUACUCCGCUUUACUGUUAAUUUCUUAAAUCUGCUUGAUUAAAAAAAUGUUAAAAAAAUUAUGUUUCACCAUUUGAAUAUACUCAAGUGUUAGAAAAAGAAAAUAUUUGAAAUAGAUGACAUUAUGGUUAAUAUGGUGUUAUAUGAUGUGCAUGUGUAAUAUAAAAUGUAUUACUUACCUAAAACUUUAGGAAGGUGGCUUUCAUUUUAAAACAAUUUACUCCAUUUUUUCUUGAAAACAUCAUUCAAUCUGCAGGUUUUCUAGUUUAUGUGUGAUUUGUGUUUCCUAGUGAAUUUAUCAGAAGUAAACUAUCUUGUAAAUAUGCAACAUUUACAUCCAUUAGCUAGGAUUUCACUUUCUACCUAACCAAAUAAUGUUAUGUUUAUUAUUGUAUUUAUGGAAUUAAUGCUAGUGUAACGUGUCAGUACUACAGCAUAUCUUAGCUCUACUGUAUAUAGCCAGUUAAUGUUAGUAUAUUAGAGAAAUGUUCCUCAGCAUGCUUUUUCAAAGUAGAGAGGGUUCAGAUGGAGAUAAAAGUUUCCUGUUUUUAGACAAAUCAUUACUACAUCCAUCUGACAAGGAAAAUGCAUGAAAAAGUGAAGUUAAUAAUUUGUCUUUUUAUAGUAUUCUUAGAACUUUAAGAAAGAUCAGUGACAUGUAGCUCUUUUUAAGAGACUUUUUCUGUUCCUUUUUUCUGUUCCUCAUUUAUGACAGGAAAAAGCAGACAUAGCUCUUAGAUAAAAAUGCACAAUGCACAAAAAUGCACAAAACAACUUGGUUUAUUUGCAUUCAGCAUAUAUUUAACAUUUUACCAGUGAAGCUUUAUAAUAGUGAUAGCAUUAUCUAAGUUAUCAAAAUCUAGGCUUUUUAACCAAAGCGACUUUAAUAAGUUUAAUAUGAAAGUCUCACAUUACUUAUACUGUGGACUUUUUUUUAAAUAUGAAUGGAGCUUCUCUGAUGAUGUCAGUGUACAAUUAUGAUGCCUGCUCCUGAAAACCAAAACCAACAAAUCUCUGGAAUUGUAGUUUGUUGAAUUAAACAUAAAAAGCUGAACCAAAGACAACAGGUAGAAGUUUACCUUCCUUGAAAUAAAAUUUUAAUUAAUCAUUUUGUUUAUUUUACUUAUUUUUUAACCUUACCUGACUAUUUACAUUUUAAUGCUUAAUAGGAACUAUAGAGGAAGGCAGGAGCCUGAAAGGGAUUUUGGUACUAAGCCAAACAACUGUGGAGGUACCCUGCCAGGAAAAGCAGAAUUCUCAAAACCUCGCUGUCCUUCUCCGAAGAGUGAAAAAAAUGCCUACAACAAAUCUGCUGGUGGAUGUUCAGAUGGCUAUGAUGAUGAUGAUUACACCAACGUGGGUGACCUCAAUGUGUAUGGAAAUAUCUGAUGACAGAAUUACCUAUUAUUUACCAAUCAAUGAUAACUAUCAUUUCUUUCUAUCUAUCUAAACUAUCAUUGUUUAUGUUUAUAUAUGUUACUGUAUAUAAUUUUAUGCUGGGUGUCUUGUGAUAUUCUUCAUGCUUUCUAUGUGAAGCUUGAAUUUAAAAGAUGAUGUUGAGUUUUCAUUUCUUGGCAAUGAAAAAUAGGAAACUUUGCAUAUUAGAAAGGUCCACUGAGCAGCAAAUUCAUAACAGAUUAUGCUUUGUCUUUUUUUACAUUUCAGUGGGUAGAGUUUUAGUUCCUUUUACUUACUGGUGAGAAACUAUGUUUAUGCCCACACACUUAUUCUAUAAUGAAGUCCACCUAAGCAUCAACUGAAUCUAAAGUAUAAAUGACAAUAUACAUAUCAAUAUACAAAUAUUAAAAAUAUAUAUAAAUAUUAUGUAUAAUGAAAUGUCUAUUGUUGACACAGAUUUAACCAGGGGAUAAUGCAUUGAGAAAUAGGCGUUCAUUAUUUUAAAGAAAAGUUUGCUUUGAGAAAAACAACAACAACAAUGCACUGAUAUUUGGACAUUUCCCUGAUUACUAGCUGUAUUGACAGUAUAAAUAUUAUUGUAUCGUUUUUUGCUGUAACCAAUAAACUGUUAAAAGUAUAA